AUGUGGGUCGCGAACUUCUGGCAGUGGGUGUGCCAGUCAGCACCCAGAGCAGACGGUAGGCGGCAAUCGUUCACCCAGCUCGAAGACGUGGCGACAGCGCUUACGCGACGUGACCGGACACCGCGGGUGCUGGUUAUCCUUGGAGCUGGCGUAUCGACUGCAGCGGGAAUCCCGGAUUUCCGCUCACCGACCACGGGUCUAUACGCUCGUUUGGAAACAAAGGGACAGCUGGACGCUUCUCGUGUUUUCGAUAUUGACUAUUUUCGGACACAGCCGCAGGCGUUUUAUUCACUAGCACACGAGCUCUUGCGGGAGACCGGCGGCUGUUUACAGCCCACUCGAGCACACUGGUUCGUGCGAUGCCUCGCAGAACGUGGUUAUCUGGUGCGAUGUUAUACGCAGAACGUUGAUGGCCUCGAGCGUUUGGCUGGCAUCCCAGAAUCGUUGCUUGUUGAGGCGCACGGCACGAUGCAACGGGCACACUGCACAGCUCCCGGUUGUGGUGCCGCUUAUGAUGCGAAGCUGCUUCUACGCCAGGUUGUUUCGGGAGAGGCUGUAGCAGCUCCUCCGCGUUGCUCGCGUUGCCAGGCUGGUUAUGUCAAACUGGCCAUUAUUUUCUUCGGGGAGAAGCUGCCGUGGCGUGUAUUUCGAUCGCUCAUGACAGACCUGUGGCGCUGCAACCUGUGCCUAAUUAUGGGAACAUCUCUCACGGUCGCACCUGUUCGAUGGAUCCCGGAACAGCUCCCGAAGCGAACACCGCGUAUAUUGUUGAACCGCUCGCCUUCGGGAUCUAUCGGAAGACGUCCACUGGAUUUGUGGAUCGCCGAUGAUGCGCAACAUUCAGUGGAGCGCCUCGUGGAUCUUUGCGGUUGGCGAGAACAGAUGGACACCCUCGCUGCAUCUCCUGCAUCGCUGUCUGAUUUGCUGCCAGUGCGUUUCGGUGAGCGCUCUUGA